AUGAAGUUCUCUCUCGCUGCCAUGACCGGCCUGGUUGGUGCCAUCAGCGCCUCGCCCUACGCCACUCCCACUCCUUCGUCCUCGGCCAUCCCCUCCGGCACUCCCACUCCUGGAGCUGUUCUCCCCGAGGCUUUCACUCUCGUUGCUGAGGGCGGCCAAACCCUCCUGACCGAUGGCCAGUACGCCUACUUCGGCGGUAACACCACCGACAAGGAGAUCCUCAUCCUCCACUCCGCCCCCAACGGUGCCGUCUCCUUCACCUCCAAGGACGGCGUCCCCACCGCGUUCCAGAGCCUCUACGUCAUCGGCAACGACACCGCUCCUCUGGGCAUGACCAUCCCUCACUCCGGUGCCGUGCCCAACGGCGCCAGCACCCUGGACUUUGGCGUCAACGAGCAGGGCUACUUCACCCACGAGGGCAAGCCCUGGUUCGCCGUCGAGGGCUACGGCUCCAACCCCGAGAAGACCGUCUACUGGUACGGUCGUCACAGCUCCACCUACCGCGCCGCCAACCUGUGGGUGAAGGAGUGCAAGGGCUGCUAA